AUGACUGAUGAGCCCUAUGAUUUGCUUGCUGAUUGGGAAGAGAUGCGUCAGCGGCAUGCGCAGGAAUGUUUCGCCUUCGUUCGCAUUCAUCAGGAGCGUUGUUUGAAGAUGUACGAUGAAGAGGUUUCUUGUGAAGCUCUUCAGCGCAAACUUGGGGACAAGGUUGUCGCGUGGUUGGCUCAGCAUGGUUACAACGACGCUGGGAUCGUGGAAAGCAUGGUGCACAAAUCCAAGCAGUUCGUUGAUAGUUUGGUUCGUUUGGAACGUCCCAAAGUUCAGAAUCGCAUUGACAAGGACAAGGAGUUGAAACAAAAACGCGACCAAGCCUUGUUGGAUGCCACGUGUAAGUGGGAGAGUUUGGAUGUGAAGGAUGUGCUUUCCCCUGCUCUGCUCGAGUUAGCAAGACAACGUCGAGUUACAGGAGAAACAUCGCAUCAAGAUUACUUCAAGUGCAGUGCGGUUGCCAACUCCGAAGCGAAAGCCCAAGCCGUCACCGCGGCGGGGACGUGCGACGGACAGAUCUCCCUCGAGGCUUCGUCCUACGUCUAUUCUCAAGGGGAGCCGUUCACCUUCCAAGUCGCGCGCCACAUUCCAAGUCAUCAGAAAUGUACAUUCAUUAUCCGAGCGCUGGAGCUCGUAAUGGAUGCUUGCGUGGUGUCGUUCAAUGGGAAGGUUUACGAAUCACAAGAUGGUGUUGCCACUGGUUUGGGUGUUGCAGGUCAAGUCGCUAACAUCUACCUUUCAAGCCUCGAUAACUUCUUGAUGCAAUCUUGUGACAAUUGCUUGCAGUUCUUGCGGCGGUACAUUGAUGACCUCCUUCUUUUGUGGAGUGGUUCCGCGCUGGAAUUAUCUGCCAUUGCAAACAGCUGGCAUCCUUCAUUGAAGUUUGACUUGUCAGGUGAUGGAAAUGUUCAUUUUCUUGACGUGGCCUUGCACAUUGAGCAAAACAAGAAUUCUUCCGCCGUUGAUGUGAAACGCAGUUUGGCUGCUUUCAAGUUGCGUCUGCGGGAUCGUGGGUUCAGCAUUGCGGCCUUCGAGCGCAUCGUCAAGCGGUAUCAAGACAGGAUUGCAGCGAAGCAGCGUGACAGAAACAUGGUCCGUCAAGUUUUCUUGAAGGUUCCUUUCAACAAG